UCAUUGGGUAGUUGUCACUGAACUUCUUCUUUUCAGUCAGAAUAAACCUGUUCCAGUCAGAUUUAACCCUCACAAGACUGAGCAAGGACUGAAUCUGGGAUCGAGACAUAUAUCUGCAUAGCAAAAUGGUGGUUCAAACAGGAUAUUUUGGCACUGCUGAGGGGAAAUCGGUCACGAAAUUCACGUUGGAUAACGGAACAAUCAAAAUCACGCUGAUAUCCUAUGGAGCCGCUGUCCAAUCCCUGUUCGUUCCUGAUAGAAAAGGUCAAUUGGAAGACAUCGUACUUGGAUUUGAUGACAUCCAAGGCUACUUGGGCAAGAACCCAUAUUUUGGUUGCAUUGUUGGUCGAGUUGCAAAUCGGAUUGCUGAUGCCAGAUUUACGUUGAACGGUCAAAGCUAUCAAUUGGACAAAAAUAACGGGCCUAACGCACUUCAUGGGGGCCUGAAAGGCCUAGAUAAAGUGGUUUGGAAUGGGGAAAUCAACCCCAAUACGGAGAACUCGGUGACUUUUUCUUAUUUGAGCCCGGAUGGAGAAAAUCAGUAUCCAGGAAAUUUGAUGAUUAAUGUAACCUAUACGUUGACGAGUUCAAACGAAUUGCAAAUUCGAUAUUUGGCUCUGGGAGAUCAAUCCACUCCUGUGAACUUGGCCAGCCACACUUACUAUAACCUCGGUGGCCAUGCCUCUGGAUCCGAAUCUUUGUCCUCCCACGAGGUCAGAUUUAAUGCGGAUCACAUGACUCCAGUGUCUGACAAGUUGAUUCCCACCGGCGAGAUCAAACCCGUGGAUGGAACUGACUUUGAUUUGAGACAAAAACAGGUUCUCGGUCCUUUGAUUGAAAAAACCGGCGGUUACGAUCACAACCUUUGCUUGAAGGAUUAUACGGAUAUCAAGGAAGAAGAUAUCAAAUUUUGUGGACGGAUGGAGCAUCCUCUUACUGGCCGAGCCUUGGAAGUUUGGUCCAAUCAACCUGGCAUUCAAUUCUACACAGGGAACUUCUUGCCCGUGGACAACUCAAUCAAAGGGAAGAAUGGUGUAUUUUACCAGAAGCAUGGAGGGAUUUGUUUGGAGACUCAAUCGUUUCCAGAUGCCGUGAACCAGGAGAACUUCCCCAAUGUGAUCUUGAAUCUCGGUCGAGUUUACAAACAUCACACAGAUAUCAAAUUUCUCACCUUUUGAAUGAGUACCCUAAAAAAAGGCCUCAAAAAUACGUCCCCAUACAUAAGACAAACUGCAGAAGGAAAAUCAAUGUUGAGGUAUCAUAUUUACAUGAGCUAAUAAAAUGAUAAACCCAA